AGUUGAUUUGAAAUUUAGUUUAAUUUACGCCGAAUUACAUUAUAAAUAUCAAAUAAAACCUAUUUAUCGUUAAAAAUGUCUUCGAAAGACGCAACAAACAUCACUAAAAAAGCAACAUCGGAAACCAUAACGCCCCACAAAAUAACGGUAACGAUACUAAUUCGUAAUUUUUGUUUAUUUCGAGAAGACGAUAAAUUCAAGGAGAUGGAUGAUCUAGUGUUGAUGUGCAAGUACAGGAGAGACUUCGGCGUUUUGAUAUUAAAUCUAAUACAAAGCCCGGACAUUCCGCUACGAAAACUAAAAAGUUUACUAGCUUCAGAGAAAUACACAAUACCCAAGUCAUUAGUGGAAUCACUCGAUCAAACUUUAACCACUCUAAACGAAGACGGCGUUGGAAAUUUAUCCGAUAUUGUAGAUAGUUUGGUGAAAAUCAUGAAUAGAUCGGACGAUCAUUUGAAUUCCACAACGAUCAGUGCCAUUGCUAAAUCUAGUAUAGUCGGUUAUUAUCUGAGAAGAUUCAUAUUGAAUUUCGAUAAAUUGACGUUCUCGGAGGUGGUGAAAGUUUACGAAGAUUUCCAGAAAUACUAUGAAGAUUUCGAAAAGAAUUUUGUGAAUAAGGAGCACAAUGAUAAUUGGGUGGACAUCAGCGAACAGUGGUCGAGACGCCAAGCCGAAUUAUUCAUCGCUACUCAAGCGACUCUUUUAUUAAACAACGAGAACAAAGCUCUAUCGCCUCCGGAUUUGCAAAAGAGAAUCGGCAACAUAUUGAAAUCGAAUCCGGAUUUAUCGGGAGCCCAUUUUAUAGCCUAUUUGAACUAUUUGAGGGUAGACGAAUAUUGCGGGGCCGUCGAUAGUUUGUUCCAUUGCUUCGAUAGAGAUGUGGAUCCCGAUGUGAAAUGUUAUAACGACGAGAAGAGCAAAAGACAUCGAUUCGCCGCUUUGAAUUUGGCCGUGUUGCACUAUCAUUUCGGACAUGUAGAAGAAGCUUUGGCAGCUUUGAAGGAAUCUAUACAAAUAUCGCAGGAGGCCAACGACAACGUUUGCCUGCAGCACGCCCUCUCUUGGUUGUAUCGCAUGACAGGCGUCGACGAAGAUAAAUUAAUCGUGCAUUGCAUCGUGAAAAGUUCCGAAUUGAAUUUGAGCUACAUAGCCUCGUUGGGUCUGCAAAUGUUGGUCGGCACGUUCGGCCAAUAUCGGUGUUUCCGCACGGGCAAAGCCUAUCCCAUAUUCGAGACUUUAGCGAAGAGCGACGUGAUAAAUUGCCAGCACAAUUACAGGGAUUUGAUGUCGAACAAUUACGCGAUGAAGGCCUCGUUGUGGCAGCUCUACGGAAAGACCGAAGUGGCUUCGUUGUGGAGCCAAUUGUUGCUCUAUCAAAAUAUGGACGGUUUGGGUUCCAACGAGGCCUAUUACGGUGAAGGUUUCUGUCUGGCCAUUUGCAAUAUAGCCAAUCGUUUGUUGGUCGAAGGCGAUUACGCUUUGGUUAAUUGCAUAUUGAAUUUCGCUCGAAUACAGUUUCCUCACGAACCCCAACGCAGAGUGUGGCAACUCUGCGAGAACAUAUUCGUCUUCACGAGGGCUUUGUAUCACGAGAAAUGGAGCGAGGCCGAGGCGGCCGCUCAGAAAAUCCUGGUCUUCGACAAAUGCGAAGGUUAUCUGAGAUUAUCCGAAGUGUAUUUCUACAAAAGGGACUUUGCGGAGGCCGACAAUUGCGUGGAAAUGCUGUUGGAUCGGUACUCGAACGAGAACACUUCGAAAUUUAGCGAUAGGUAUUAUUACGUUCGAGCGAAGAUACUAAAAGUAGAAAUACAAUUCGCUAUGAAUCUUCCACCACCGGGUAUUAUAACAACAUUAAAUAACUGCCUUUUCGAAUCCCAAACGUCCCAAUUGGAUUACCAAACCGUACUGAUUCAUCUCCAUUUGGCUAAUUGCAUGUUGCAUAUGGGACUCACUGGUCGAGCCCUUGCAGUUUUAGAUAAAUGCCUAGUGCAGGUGCUAGCCCACGGUGGUCGUUACGAUAGAGCCAGAGCUACAUUGCUCUAUGCCAAAUGUUUAGUAGCCGAUUCGGCUAGAUUGAGCAAGGAGAAUAGAGAAAGUACGAUAUUAAAGUGCGCUCGAAUGUUAGAGAAGGUUAAAGAAGAUUUCAGAAAAAUCGAGGCUUUUUAUCGAGUUAAAGACGUGCUGUUUCUUCAGGCACGACUGUACGAUUUCGUGAAUACGAAAAGCGAAAGGAAUCGAUGCGCGUUGGAAUACCGUUUGUUAGACGAAGAAUACACCACGAAAAAUAUUCAUACUCUUGUUAAAUAUUUAUAAAAUAAUUUAUAAUUUACACGAAUAAAAACAAAAGCGUCGUUGAUUCAUAAAAUGAACAUAAACAAUCUCGCUUAUCACAUUUAAAUAGUUAUUAUUAGAGCUUGGAAAAUGGGCAUUAAAAAAAUGGCAAAAUAUGCAGUAAAAACCUUCGAAAUAUGCACUUUUUUAUGCGUUUAUGGUCGAUGAAAAAAAUCAAACGACCAGAUAUAAAAUAAUAUAUUUGAAAAUUUAAUUAAAAGAAACAGAUAAGACAUACAAUAUCCACUAUCAGACUGUAUAACUUAUUAGAGCAUUUGAAGAAUGGGAUAGACGUUCUGAAUACUAUAUUUAAGAGUUCUCUGAUUGAGCAUUGAGUGUUUCUUUUAAUUAUCCGAAUUUACAAGUAAUUGUUGCAAUGCAACAUACAAAGUGCACAAAAUUUUAUUUUGCAUAUUUUCCAGGCUCUAGUUAUCAGUAAGUAAAGUUGGCAAUAAUAUUUCAAUAUACACGCAAUUGUAUAAUUAUAAAAUAGAUAAAAAUACUUGGAGAAAAAGCCCACGAAACGAACAAUUAUCCCGAUAGUACGAUAUUUUUUUCCUCAAAUUAAAUCUACUCAUCUAGUUACUUAAUUUAGUUCAAACUAUACACAUUUAAACAUCUAAAUCAAUUUACAUUAUUAAAAAUAAAUUCCAUAUUUUUUUUGGUCCUCCGCUAUUCAUUCUAAAAAAAAGACAUUCUUUUUCUACGAAAUCCUAAGACUAAUAGGAGUUAUUCUAUGACGAAAUCGAAAAAAUCACAGUUCGCGUAAUACAGGGUGUCCCAGGACGAGUUAAAACUGUCUGUAUACAGGAAACUACUUAUUCGAUUUAAAUAAAAUUUGGUAUACUUAUGUAAUGCAACAAGAAUGUAAGAAAAAAAGAUAUUAAAAAUGUUUCAAAACACUUACAUUUCUGCCUUCUGGUACAACCGGAUAAAUAGUUUCCAAUAUACAGAUAGUUUAAGCUUGUCGUGACACACCCUGUAUAAUAUUCUACCUCGAAGAUAUUCAAGGAAUUUUUUUGGAAUGAUAUUCAUCGCCAUCAAGUCGAACACUACACUUAUAAUACGAUACAUUUGACUAAUUUUAUGAUAAUUAAAUUUUAUCCGGCGCUCCUUUUUCGCUUAAAGAGUUUUCUUUGACGUAAACAAUGUCCCUAGUUACUCCAUAACAACCAAUGUAAAACUGUCAAUUGAUAGGAUCUCCUAGCGGAAAUUAAUAGAUUUUGAAAAAGUCACUAAAUCUGGUAAUUUUACUAAAAUCUGGGGAUAUUACUGUAC